AGUUAUGGCUUUGUCCAUUACGUUGACCGCGCAACCGCCGAGUCCCUGGCCAUGGUCAACAGCACCGGCAAUCUGGUCAGAUUCGGCGCCGAAUCUACACAAGUCCUUGAUCCAUUCGCCAACCUAGGCCGAAAGAGCAUCAGGCUUACCUCGAAGCAGACGUGGACUCGCGGUCUCUUUAUCCUCGACCUGGCUCACAUGCCGAGCAGCACCUGUGGCAUUUGGCCUGCGUUCUGGAUGCUCGGCAACGGGCCUUUGCUCUGGCCUGUUUACGGGGAGCUGGACGUUAUUGAAUUCACCAAUGAUGCCACGUCAAACCUCAUCGCCCUUCAUACCGCGCCGAAUUGUACCAUUGCUGGAUCUGGUCAGACCGGCACUCUGCUCACGAAUGAUUGUGGAGAGGAUGAGGGCUACAAAGGCUGCAACAUCUCUCCAACGCAGCCGAACUCCGUAGGCACCGGCUUCAAUUCCAACGGCGGUGGUGUAUAUGCCGUGGAAUGGACAUCUGUAGCCAUUCGGGUUUGGUUCUUUCCGCGCAACAAUAUUCCAGCUUCUGUAACAGCGAUCAACCCGGACACGUCGACCUGGGGUCUUCCAGCUGCGAAUUAUGAAGGCAGUUGCAACAUCGACAGCUAUUUCACAAAUGCCUCCCUCGUAUUCAAUAUCGACUUCUGCGGGACAUGGGCCGGACCAACGUUUAACACCAACACCGGCUGCCCGGUCCUUAAUGCUACAAACCAGUGGAGUAGCUGCAACGCAUUCGUUGCCACAAGCCCGCAAGCCUUCAUUGAUGCUUAUUGGGAGGUGAACUAUCUGAAGGUAUUUCAGGCC